GAUAGUGGGCCAGCUUCAACGGGCGGUCGAGGGCAGCUCCGCUCUGCCAAAAACGCCGUAUUGAAAUCCCCCGAUAAGAUGGGCGCUGCUCGUUCGGAGGAGCGGACCCCGUCCCAUCAGCACGCCCUAUCAGCCACGGCCUCCGGAUGGGCCACUGUUCCGCCAGUUGCCGAGCCGUGCAAGUCGACCGGUCCCCACCUGCGCCCGCUCCCCCGAGGUGGGCACUAUGAUCCAGACCCUUAGCAUCACCGACGAACAGGCGAUGCCUCUUUCCAAGGGUCAAGAUGGCGGUGGAUCUAGAAGGCCUGCUGACUUGACAAAUGGCGUGUUGAAGCUCACCAACGGGAACAGCACAUGCGACCCUGCCCAAGCUGUAGACACCAGAGUCAAGUCAGAGCGCAGUGAAGUCAUCAGCCAUGUCCUGGUAACCGGAGGCGCGGGAUACCUAGGCUCCUGCCUUGUGCCCAUGUUGCUGCAACGGGGCUAUAAAGUCACCGUGUACGACACCUUUGAAUGGGGAGUCACAUCGCUGUUGGCUGUUGCUGUUGACCCAAACCUGACCCUGAUACGUGGUGAUGUCCGCGACCAAGAACAGCUUAGCAGGGUCGUCGAGCGUGCGGACACGGUAGUGCAUCUGGCGGCCGUCGUAGGCUACCCGGCCUGCAGCCGGGACCCUGAGCUCGCCAUGUCCGUCAACGUGCAUGGGACGCAGGUGCUGUUGCGAAGUCUACAGCCGCAUCAGCGGCUUGUGUACGCGUCAACGGGCUCCUGCUAUGGAGCUGUGCCGGAAGGCCUGUGCACAGAGGAGACGCCCAUUUCGCCACUGUCGUUGUAUGGAAGGACUAAGGCCGAAGCUGAGCGCGACGUUCUAGACCGCGGCGGCGUGGCGCUAAGGCUAGCUACUGUGUUCGGAGUGUCCCCCCGAAUGCGCCUUGACCUGCUCGUCAAUGACCUCACCCUGAGGGCGCUGAACGAGAAGACCCUGAACGUGUACGAGGCGGAUUUCCACCGUACCUUUAUCCACGUCAAGGAUGCCGCCCAAGCCUUCAUCUUCGCGAUCGAUAACUACGAUGCCAUGAAGGACAGGCCAUUCAACGUUGGGGACGACGUCAUGAACAUGACGAAGGGACAAGUGGCCGCCAGAAUAAGUGAGAAGGUUCCCGGUUGCACGGUGGUCCUGUCGGAUGACGGCAAAGACCACGACAUGAGGAACUAUAAGGUGUCUCAUCAAAAAAUCUGUAGUUUGGGUUUCAGGGCAACCUUGACCAUUGAUCACGGAAUAGAAGAACUCAUCAAGGUGUUGCCGCAAAUGUCGUCCUCAGAACUGGCAUGCUGCAGGAAUGUGGUCAACGGUAUAUAAUGACAAUGUUGAGGCUUUUUUUUUCUCUCUCUUUUUUACUUGCAUAAUACACGUUAAAGGAGUAAAGUUGUUCUUUUUUUUUAUAUAGCGCGAAGCAAGGCAGGCGCAAUUUUUACACUGUUUCGAGAAAACGUAUAUAAAAAUUGGAAAAGGUAAUUGGGCCGCUUUUUCAGCGGCAGCACGGUGUUACUGCGCUGUAAGGCUAGGCCGCCUCGCUGCUAACGUUGCACCGAAAAUUUGAGCAGUACCUUAUGAUGUGUGUUGCUCCCUAAUGCUAUAGCUGUUGACGGAAGGACGAGAACGUCCUUAGUCUAAACUAAAAUGAAGCAUACAACGAACUACACUUCAUGAUCCUCCUUUCCUUGUUAAUAUAUUUUAUAACAUUUCAAAGAAAGAGUAAAAUUAAAUUUCAUGUUUCAAUCUCAGUUUGGGGAGAAUUAAUUUCUACUUUUUUACGGCGAAUAUACCGUUUCUUUUUCUUUUUUGCUUUCGUUUGUGUGUGUGAGGUAAACAGCAAGGUUCCUAUUGCCAGUAAAUAAAUGCAAAUUGAUAUGUCGGACAUGUUGUUUUUCCUGAAACAAGGCUGAUCUUGUCGCUAUCGUCUUUAUUCUUGUCUUGUUUUAUAUACACAAAGCGUUAUAAAGAGCUUUGAGAGGUCAUGAUGCUGUCGCAGUUUAAGGAAUGCCGAGCUAACUAGAUAAAUAUGAAAAAAAGUUUUUUUAUCUGGUUAGAAGUGAAGCUUUACGGGACCUUGAUCAGGUGCUGUUAAGUACAUUCUGCCCCUGCCACCUCACUUGAAAAUACCUAAUAAAUGAAAUGAAAACGAAA